AUGAAAACAUAUCAUGGACUUUUUUAACCUGUACGAGUAAGGUAUUUUCAUAUUUACGAUAUUAUUUUUAUUUAAUUUAUUUUUCAAAAGAGGACACCCCUAUGAAAAAUUUCUGGGUCCGCCACUGUUUACAACUACUUGUCUACAUUUUGACCUCCUCUUUAAAACGUGUUGACAAUGUUAGAUGAGCUGGAGUGAAGAACACAGGCAUACUAGACACACUUUAUGUGGUUCCUAAAUCCUAAUCCUAACUGCCAAUAACAGCCUACCCGUAGGGAAGCGGACACCAGCUAGCUUACAGCGUUCUGAAUUCGACAUGGCCGUUCGGUAUCGAUAUGCCAAAGUAGUAUAUGUUAAAACACUGCCGGCCGGCGAGACCCCGUCCACCCAUUUGGCCAAUCUGCACGCGUAUCCUACCACUGUUCACUGCCGUUUCAACACUGAGGGCGGCCGGCCGGCCAUGGCUAAGUCUCUCUUACUUUUCAUCUCUCUCCUCCUAUGUAUAUAAAGCAACCGAUGUGGCCGUUCAACAUAUCCACAACUCGCUCGCUACCUCUCAUCAGUACAUCUCUCAACUCUUUUCUUAAUUAGCUCAUCAUUAAGCGCAGACAUGACUUCAGUUGCUAGCUUCUUCUUUGGCCUCAUGGUGGCUCUCAGCUUCCUCUCCCUUCAGCUUGCUUUGGCCUCUGAUCCCGGCCAUCUCCAAGACUUCUGCGUUGCAGAUGCCACCAGUUCAGUAUUGCUGAAUGGCGUGGCCUGCAAGAACCCAAGCACCGUCACCGCAAACGACUUCUACUUCCGAGGCCUCCACGUGGCAGGCAACACCAGCAACGCACAAGGCUCCAGGGUCACUCCGGUCUUUGCCGCGCAGCUCCCCGGCCUCAACACGCUGGGAAUCUCCAUGGUCCGCAUCGACUACGCAGCCGGCGGCCAGAACCCACCCCACACGCACCCACGCGCCACCGAGAUCCUCACCGUUCUCGAAGGCAGCCUUGAGGUCGGAUUCGUCACCUCCAACCCAAACAACAACCAUUUCACCAAGACCUUGUACAAAGGCGACGUCUUCGUCUUCCCCUCCAACACCGUCCACUACCAGCGCAACACCAACUGGAACGCGCCCGCCGUCGCCAUUGCGGCGCUCUCCAGCCAGAACCCCGGAGCCAUUACCAUCGCCAACGCAGUGUUUGGUUCCCAGCCGGGGAUCAGUGCUGACAUCCUGGCCAAGUCUUUCUCUUUGGACGUCGCGACGGUGAAUUAUAUGCAGUCCAAGUUUUGAUGAUGAUCAAGGUUGGAGGAGUUAUUGCGGGAAUAUAAUUAAUGCGUCUUUCUUCAUGAGUACUACACUACUACUCAUGCAUUUGUUUUUUUUUUUUUUUCAUUUCCAAUUAUGUAUGUUGCAUAUCUUUUUUUAUGUGUUACGUGUCUUAUUAAGCCACGGCAAAGUGUAGGUAUGUUUAUUUCGUAAAGAAGAAACGUACAUGCACCAAGUGGACAAGUUCCUUGUAGUGUUUUAUAUGGAGAAAAUGGAAGAUCAUUAUUUGUUUCAUUUAAAAUAAUAAAGAAAAUGGUACUUGGGUUACAAAAAUUAUAUAAGGAGCUGUUAACAAGGUCUUAUGUCAUUGGUAAAUAAAAUCGAUUAAAAAAUAUUGAUAAAAUAAGUAGUUGAUUAUUAGUUGAUGCGGUUGAUGAUACUGCACGAACAAAUCAACACUAUCAUUUAUAGUUGAAAAGUAAAACUGCAACCUCAUUCAAAUUUUCCUUCCCGUAGAGUAGGGAUGGCAAUUUCGACCUGACUCGUUUUACCCGACCUGUUUGGCCUGUCUUAGGUGAGGCGGGCAUGGAACUCUGAUCGACCCGACCUGCCCUGACCCGCCUCAUUCUCGACCUGUUCUUUCCUGAAUUACAUGUAAUUUUAGUCAAAUUACUUAGGAUUUUCCUUUUAUUACAUCAUAUUUUAGCUAUAAUAAAGUUGUAAAUUAGUG